UCCGUCAGUUCCUCAGGGACCCCUCCGCAAGCUGGGAUCUCACAGCUGGGACGGAGGGAUGGCAUCGGAAUAAACGAUGCACUUCAGCACAGACGAAGAACGACCUUGUCAAACCCACCUAUUUAUUCAGUUCCACUUCUCCUUGAGUUGGUUACGGCAGCUUCCACUCAGAGCGUGUUCAGCUCUUGCACGGUCCAGUCACGAGAGAAUAAACUUCCCUUCAAUAAAACAAAACAGAUUGCAGAUCCGAAACGAGCAAGGACAGAAAAUGGUGGAGAAAUGCAGCACCCGCGCAGAGAGAGAACAGCAUUAAUGUUUCGACUCCAGUGACCUUUCUGGAAAGUCUCCAUUUAACAGUUUUGAACGGAACACUUUGGGAAUUAUUCGCGCUCUGAACAGUCUCGGACUGGCUACCCAUUCGACAGGGGCCAGUCGACAUUCCAUUGGAUUCCGCCUCCCUGUGAGGAACUGAAGAUGGGAACGAAAGCUCUGGUGUUGAUGGUCUUCGGUUGGCUGACAGGUGUGGCAACAGAAGAAUGGAUGAUGACAACUGCAGCUCAAAGGGCCAUCACGGGGUCAUGUGUUGUUAUACCCUGUACCUUCAACUUUCCAUCCCGCCCUUACAAGGCCAUGCAGGCAGCUUGGUUUAAAUACUGGUACUACUGGAAAUACACUGUUGCCUACAGCAAAGAUCCCAAUUAUAAGAUGUCCACCUUUGUUGGACGUACAGAUAUAAUUGGAGACUUGGAGCAGAAGAAUUGCACCUUGAAGAUUAAUAACCUCAGGCCUGGCGACAGUGAUAACUAUUACUUUUAUGUGGAUUUGGAGGGAUUUGAAGAUCAUACCUUCAAAGAACCAGUCCAUCUACAGGUUCUAGAUGCUCCUGACCGUCCCGAGAUGUUACUCUCUGAGGAUUUACAGGAAGGGACAUUGGCAUACAUCAUCUGUAAAGCCCUCCACACCUGCCCUGAUAACCGUCCCAAUCUGACUUGGAGUCAACUGCUAUCCUCUUCAGCCAGUGUCAUCACAGAGAGCAAGGGCGAGGCUUCCACAGUGCUGACCUUUAACCCUUCACACAGGCAUCACGGUCAAACUGUCCGCUGUACAAGUCACUACCCUCAAACCAACCACCAAGUGUCCAACUCAGUCACCUUGAGUGUGAAAUAUACUCCUCAAAAUACGUCUGUCAGUAUGACAACGGGGAAAGGAAAGACCGUUUCUCUAAAUUGUUCCAGUGAUGGGAAUCCAGCAGUCCACAUAUUCAACUGGUUCAAGAUCUCCCAAGGAAACGUCACUGACCUGAAAUUACUUGGUCAAACAAUCACUGUUCCUUAUGGAUUGGAGGUGGAAGUCUCUUACUACUGUGUAGCAACAAACAGCGUGGGCAGCUCACAGUCUCUCCCUGUCCAAAUUCCCACAGAAUAUACUCCUCGCAAUACAUCUGUCAGUAUGACAACGGGGAAAGGAAAGACCGUUUCUCUAAAUUGUUCCAGUGAUGGGAAUCCAGCAGUCCACAGAUUCAACUGGUUCAAGAUCUCCCAAGGAAACGUCACUGACCUGAAAUUAUCUGGUCAAACUAUCAUUGUUCCUUAUGGAUUUAUGGAACUCUCGUACUACUGUGUAGCAACAAACAGCGUGGGCAGCUCACAGUCUGUCCCCGUGCAAAUUCCCACAGAAUACUCACCAUGCAAUCUCUCAAUUACUUCCUUCAAUGUGAUCAAAAAUUCAUCAAUCAGCAUAAUUGAGGGGAAUUCUACAGUGAUAAUCUGCUCUGUUGAGAGCUUCCCAGAAUCUAACCUGACAUGGCAACACCUUAACGUCAUAUUGAACAGAACAAGUUUCAACAAUGAGCUGUGGUUGGAGAUUCCUCACGUUACACACAGGGAGACUGGAGACUAUCACUGUGUGGCAGAGAAUGAACAUGGCAUAGUGGAGAAGUCCAUAACCAUCACUGUGGAAAGUGGAGAUUCUGGUGAAUGGAAAACAGGAUUUAUUGGAGCUGGAAUUAUUUUGAUUAUUGGACUGAGUGGAUUCUUCAUCUUCGUGUGUGUAGGAAGACGCGCAGGAAGAGGCAAAUCAGCCCAAUCAGAGCACGUUGGCAGAUACACCUCAGGGGAGCAGUCAGACAAGUCCAAAGAGAUAAGGGAAAGGAAACAAGAAACUAAAGUUAAACAGUGUACCAGUAAAAAUCGAGGUCCUAUUUAUGAAAAUUGUGAGCUUGAUUGGGCUUUGAGAAGUCAAAAGAAGAGGAAAUUUGGGGAAAUUGAAUCGAAUCAUUAUUCCAAUGCACAUCGGGAAGAUGAUAUCUACACAAACUGUACUUUUGACAAGGAGGCUGUGUAUGGGAAUGUUUAAACUGAGCGAGAAUGAGACACAUGCAGUUUGGGAACAACACAGAUCAAGAGAAGCAUUUUAAACUCCAAUUUACCUGGCAAAAAUCCACAGAAAUCACCCCCAAAAUAUUGUACAUUCUUCCUCAGGAAUGUUCCUCAUUUCAUUGGCAAGUGUAGAUGGACAAAGUGGCUAAAAGAUGUUUGGAUAUUUAAUGUUACAGUUGUUUUGACAGGUACAGAGAUGUCUCCUUACGCAGGUUUGUCAGAAAAUCAGUCUGGCUGUCAGAUUGUUUUAAAAAAAUACAUACUCAGUGCUUAUUGGUUUAUCCCUGAAGUUUAUAAUUUGAAAUUUAGAACUGUGCAACAGCAACCCUAAAUUAGGUAUUUGUAGAAUUUGCAAAAGAUAAGGAAAUGCUGUGGGAUCUGUUUCUUUUUUAUUCAUUCAUGGAACGUAUGCUUUGCUGGAGGCAACAUCCCUAAUUAUUUCCCAUCCCUAAUUGUUAAUGAGAAGAUGGUGAUGAGCUGCCUUCUUCAACCACUGCAGGCCAUGUGCUGUGUGGUUUGACCCACAAUGCAUCCAGGAAGGAAGCUCCAGAAUUUUGACUCAGCGACCCCAAAGUAAAGGAAAUAUAUUGUCAAAUCAGGUUGGUGAGUGGCUUGGAGGAAACCUUGCAAGUGAUGGUGUUCCCAUGUAUCUGCAGCCCUUGUCCUUCUAGACGGUAGUGGUUAUGGGUUUGGAAUGUACUGUCUUAGGAGCCUUAGUGGUUUUCUGCAGUGCAUUUUAUAUUUAGUGCGUUCCACCGCUACUGAGUGUCGGUGGUGGAGAGAGUGGCUUUUGAGCCAAUGAAACAGGCUUCUUUGUUUGGAUGGUGUCAAGCUUCUUGACUGUUACUGGAGCUGCACCCAUCUGGGCAAGUGGAAGUAUUCCAUCAUCACUUGUGCCAGUAGAUAGACUCAUAGAAUCCUUACAGGGUAGAAAGAGGCCAUUCAGCCCAUUGAAUCUGAAGACUAUUCCAUCCUGACCCAGCCCUCAACCUAUCCCAAUAACCCCACAUUUCAUAGCUGUUCUACCUAGCCUGCACAUCCCUUGACACUACUGACCAUUUAAGUUGGAUCUACUUGCAGAAUAUGGACUGCAGUAGUCCAAGAAGUCAGCUCACCAUUACCUUCUUAAUAACAAUUUGGUGGAUAGGUUUUAGGAAAUCAGGAAGUAAGCUACAUAGAACAUAGAACAUAGAACAAUACAGCGCAGAACAGGCCCUUCAGCCCUUGAUGUUGCACCGGCCUGUGAACUAAUCUAAGCCCCUCCCCCUACACUAUCCCAUCAUCAUCCAUAUCCUUAUCCAAGGACUGUUUAAAUGCCCCUAAUGUGGCUGAGUUAACUACAUUGGCAGGCAGGGCAUCCCACACCCUUACCACUCUCCGAGUAAAGAACCUGCCUCUGACAUCUGUCUUAAAUCUAUCCCCCUCAAUUUGUAGCUAUGCCCCCUUGUAUAAGCUGACGUCAUCAUCCUCAGAAAAAAACUCUCACUGUCCACCCUAUCAAAUCCUCUGAUCAUCUUGUAUGUCUCUAUUAAAUCCUCUCUUAGCCUUCUUCUCUCCAAUGAGAACUGACCCAAGUCCCUCAACCUUUCUUCAUAAGGCCUUCGCUCCAGACCAGGCAACAUCCUGGUAAAUCUCCUCUUCGCCUUUUCCAAUGCUUCUACAUCCUUCCUGUAAUGGGGCGACAGAACUGCACGCAAAUGAGGCUGCACUAGCGUUUUGUACAGCAGAACAUCACGGCUCCGGAAUUCAAUCCCUUUACCAAUAAAACCUAACACACCGUAAGCCUUCUUAACAGCACUAUCAACCUGGGUGGCAACUUUCAGGGAUCUAGUACAUGGAUACCAAGAUCCCUCUGAACAUCCACACUACCAAGAAUCAUUCCAUUGACCCAGUAUUCUGCCUUCCUAUUAUUCUUCCCAAAGUGAAUCACCUCACAUUUAUCCACAUUGAACUCCAUUUGCCAAUACUCACUGCAAGAUUCUCAGCCUCUGACCUGCAGUUAUUGUCGGAGCAUUUACGUAGCUAAGUCUGGUUGAGUUUCUGGUCAAUAAUAAUCACCAGCAUGUUGAUAGUGAGAGAAUCAGCAAUGGUCAUGGCAUUGUAGAAUGGAGGUGAUCAUUGCCUGGCAAUUGUGUGGCCAUGAAUGUUACGUGCCACUUGUCAGUCCAAGCCUGGAUAUUGUCCCGAUCUUGUUGCAUGUGAACAUGGGCUGCUUCAGUAUCUGAGGAGUCAUAAAUGGUGCUGAACAUUGUGCAAUCAUCUGAAAAUAUUCCCACUUCUGACUUUGUGAAAGAGGAAGCAGCUGAGGAUGAUUGGGUGUAGGAGCUGAGAUGACUGAUUUCUAAAAACUACUACCAUCUGUUAUGCGCCGGGUAUGAAUCGAAACUGCAGAGACUUUCCCCACAAUAGUCAUUGAUUCCAGCAUAAUAAAGUGUGAAGCUGGAUGAACACAGCAGGCCAAGCAGCAUCUCAGGAGCACAAAAGCUGACGUUUUCGGCCUAGACCUCUCUGAUGAAGGGUCUAGGCCUGAAACAUCAGCUUUUGUGCUGUGUUCAUCCAGCUCUACACUUUAUUAUCUUGGAUUCUCCAGCAACUGCAGUUCCCAUUAUCACUCAUUGAUUCUAGUUUUGCUGGGGCCCCAAUGUGACUUUGAUGUAAUGAAGUGUCAUGUUCAUCUCACGUCCCUUCUGGAAUUCGGUUCUUCUGUCCAUGUUUGAACCGAGGUCAUGUUUGUAAUGAGGUUGGGAGAUGAAUUACCCUGUUGGAACCAAAACUGAGUGCCAGUGAGCAGGUUACCGCUGAGCAGCUGCUGCUUUGCGGCACUGUUGGUGAUAACUUCCGUAAUUUUACUGACGAUUGGGAAUGGACUGAUUGGGCGGUCAUGGAUCAGAUUGGAUUUGCCCUGCUUUUUGUGUACCAGUCAUACCUGGGCAAUAUUCCAUAUAGCCAGAGUUGUAGAUGGACUGGAGCAGCUAGGCUAGGGAGCAGCAAGUUCUGAAGCACAAGUUUUCAGCACUAUAUUUCUAAGGCCAAUAGUCUUUUUGGAAUCCAAUGCUUUCAUCUUUUUUCUUGAUAACAGGUUGGGUGAAGUGAGGAGUUGUAACAUAUAUUGUAAUUGUAAAUGACAGUGCAAUGUUGGCAUUCAUUUCAAGAGGGCUUGAAAACAACUGCAGAGGUGUAAUACUGAGGCUGCACAAGGCUCAGACUGAUCAUUUUCGGAAGAUUGUGAGAAGUUUUUGUCCUGUAUCUAAGGAAAGAUGUGUUGGCAUUGGUGGGGGUCCAGAGGGGGUUUACAAGAAUGAUUCUGGAGAUGAAGGGCUUAACAUAUGAGGAGUGGUUGAGAACUUUGGGUCCAUACUCAAUGGAAUACAGGAGGAUGAGGGAGGAUCUAACUGAAACUUACAGGAUGCUGAGAGAGGCCUGGAUAGAGUGGACGUGUAGAAGAUGACUCCACUGAUAGGAGAGUCUUGGAACCAGGAGCACAGCCUCAUAAUGAAGGGAUGACUCUUUAGAACUGAGAUGAGAAGGAGUUUAUUCAGCCAGAGGGUUGUGAAUCUGUGCAACUCAUUGUUGCAUAAGGCUGUGGAAACCAAGUCAUUGAGUGUAUUUAAGACAGAGAUAGAUCAGUCCUUGAUUAUUAAGGGAUCAAGAGCUACAGGGAGAAGGCAUGAGGAUAGUGUUGAGAAAUAAUCAGCCAGAUCGAAUGUUGGAGUAGGCAUGAUGGCUAAAUAUCCUAAUUGCGCUCUUACGUCUUAUAAGCUUAUUAUGAGCAUGGAAGAAUCCAAAAAUUGCUUUCAGCAAAAGUAAAAAUGUAUUUAGAAUCAUAUCAAGUAUUAAGGAUCAGUGAAGCAGCCAUCCUGGCAGAUAUUUGUGCUAUCUAACACAAACAGUUACAGAUGGGGAGUUAGUCUUUUGGGAAUCCACAAGAAAAUUGGUGGAAUAGAAAACCUAUGAAUGGGAGAGGUAUUAGUUUUAGAAAGCAACAAAAUGAUGCCAACAUAAUAUAUUAGGCAGACUAGAACCAAAACUAUGAUAUAAAGACAAUAACUGUGUUCUAUUAUCAUAAGAUUGGACAUACCGAAGUCAAUUGCUGGAGUUAAAUGGGAAACCAAUUAUAGUGCUAAGAUUGUUGAUGGAUUGCUCAGAAAAGAGAGCAUCAGGUAAAGUAAAUAGGUGUAAAAACUGUAGUGGCAGCACAAAGAGAAUAUUUCCUUAAAAUUUACUGAGAAGAGAUCAUUCAGGACAAUCAAUACAAUCUUGUGUGAAUAUCGAUGAAGAGAAUCAGACAAGUGGAGGUUCUGAAUGUUUGAGUGCAAAAGGGGACGGCUUCCCUUAUGCUUCAGAUCAUGGAGGUAAACUAAUUAAAGCACUAAAAGUGGAUCUUCUAAAGCAUGAGUGACUUAGGUAUGGAACAAUGCAAGAUUAUUUUAUGCUUCUCAGCCAAAUAAGCCACUUACGCACAUUUAAGAUAAAAUGCAAAAUGCUGCAAUAUAACAGUAUGACUUGGAAACUCAUUCUGAAUUUCAGUAGCACUUUUGCAAAUUUGUUAAAGAAAGACAAAUAAUUUGAAUGCACAGUAGAAAGGUAGAAUUUUUUGACUAAUUGAAAGCUGUAUUGUGCUGACAUUACCAGAAUUGCUUUUGCAAAGCCACUUUAACUUAUUGCACUUGUAAGCAAUCCCAAUGCUGGUGCAGUGUUGCUACUGGAAGACAAAAGUUGCUGUUUAAUCCAUCAUUCAGUUAACAAGGUGUUGAGCUGGAUGAACACA